CCGAGGAGUCGUGGACCCUGGCGCGCACCUCAUGCAGCUCAGGUACCCCGAGUAUCAGGUGGCCAACUACCGCCGCAUCGAGCGCGACGACAAAGAGAACGACGUAGAGAACGAGCACGGCUUCGCGGGUGUUUCGCGGUACGCCCCGUUCGUCGGCGUCGAAGACUUGGUGCACGAGGACGGCACGGACUGCUACCAGGCCCGGGUGCGAGACUCCGCCGGGCGCGAGCACCACUUCGCGUUCCAUUUCCCGACGAGAUGGGGCGCCGCCGCGGCGCACGAUCUCCUCGCCAGGAGGCUCGAAUACUACGGCCCCAGGUGCGCGGCGGGCACGACGAGGAACUUCGCGUCGGACGUGUCGUGGGACCGGCUCGUCGGGGUGCUCAUCGCGGGCGCGGCGUGGACGGGCCCGAGCGGGUCCGGCGAAGGUCCCGUCGAAGGGGCAACGAAAAAGGGCGAAAAGAGCGGGGCGAAGAGAGCGGCGGCGGGACGGAAGAGGAAGGCGGACGCGGCCGAGGAUGCGCCCGAGGAGGAGGAGGAAGAGGGAGAAGAAGAAGAGGAGGAGGAGGAAGCGUCGUCGUCGUCGGAGGAGGAACCGUCGCCGUACAACGGCAAGCGUCAGAUGCCCGCGAAAUUCGCGAGGAAGGUGGCGCCCCUCCCCCCGAGGAACCCGCGCCAACCCGCGCACAGCCCGUGCAUGCGACUCGUGGGCCUCGCGGUGGAGAAGGAGUCCAUCUGGGAGGGCGAUGACGGACCGACGCGAGGCGUGGUGACGGGAUUUCACGAGUCCGUUCCGCACUGGGGCGAGACGUUUGACGUGUUACUCGACGAGAACCAUCUAGACGCGGGGUUGACGUUCGAGGAGCUGCUGUUGAUCCUGGCGAACGACUCGGACAAGGAGCGGUCGGUGUCAGACGAGACGUGGGCGCUCGCGAUGGGUUUGCUUCGCCUCGACGACCCGGGCUCGUCGCUCGUCGUCCGGCAGUUCCAUCAGCUGUACCCGCGAUACUCCGGUUUCGACCGAGUGGACGGGAAGGAGGGCAAGUACGAGGCGAAGAUCCUCGACAAGAAGGGUCGGCUGCACCACUUCGCGUACCACUUCCCGACUAGGUGGGGCGCCGCCGCCGCGCACGAGAUUCUCGCCAGGCGGCUGGAAUUUCACGGACCCGGGGUGAUUCGGGGGACGCUUCGAAACUUCAAGCCCGACGCGCCUUGGGACGCGCUCGUGGGCGUGCUCAUCGCGGGCGCCAAGUGGCGACCUCGCGUUCGGUCGAACGCGACGGGGGACGAUCGUGGCGAGUCGGACGCCGCGGAUAAGAAGAGGUCCGAGACGCUGAUGUCGUUCAUCAAGUGGGAUCACAAGUCGGGUCGACUGCGGCUCGCGGCGUGAAUGGAAUGUACUUGUAAAUGUG